UUCUAUGAGCUCUCGCUUUGAAGACAGCAACUCGGCUUCUUUAUCCGUAUAAUUCUCUCCGCUUCCGCCACGGCGGGAGAUGAUAUCCCUCGCUCAUAACAUCUGCGAUUUUAGACAGCUGGGCCGCCUAGGUACCACGAGCCGCCCUCUUUGUCAGCCGGAAAUUGACUCCCCAUUGUACCAAUUCUCUCCGGCUCGCCGUCGCUCGAGGUUUAACUACGCUGGCAUCAGCUGCGAUCUCACCGGAAAUGCUGAUACCUCACCGGAACCUAGCCAGAGAAUUUCUGGACGUAGGCGUGAGUUCGUGCUUGUGCCCAUUAUUGUUACGGCAUCCGGAUUGCUUAGCUCCCUCGCUACUGCAAAGGCCGAGGAGCAGGUCCCAAAUUCCCCCGCCAGCGUUGACGCGGUAGUUGAAGAGAAGAUGGAGAAGGAAAAAGAGAAGGAUAAGACGGAAGAGGGAGAUGGUUCGGCUAUGUCUAGGGUUUAUGAUGCAACGGUGAUUGGGGAGCCACAGGCGGUUGGAAAGGACAGGAAGAAGGUUUGGGAGAGGCUUUUGGCUGCUCGGAUUGUGUAUCUUGGUGAGGCCGAGCAGGUUCCGGACCGUGAUGAUAGGAUUUUGGAGCUGGAGAUCGUGAGGAAUCUCUUUAGCCGGUGCUCGGAGCAACAGAGGUCUCUAUCGUUGGCUAUUGAAGCUUUCCCUUGCGAUCUACAAGAACAGCUUAAUCAAUUUAUGGAAGGGAGAAUUGAUGGUGCAGCCUUAAGAUCUUACACCUCCCACUGGCCACCUGAGCGCUGGCAGGAAUAUGCGCCUCUUUUAAAUUAUUGUCUCGAUAAUGGAGUCAAACUUGUUGCUUGUGGUACUCCACUUGAGGUAUUAAGAACUGUUCAAGCUGAAGGGAUUCGGGGCUUGACUGGAGCACAGCGUAAACUAUAUGCUCCACCUGCUGGUUCAGGAUUUAUUUCUGGUUUCACAUCUAUUUCUGGCAGGUCUUUGUUAGACCAGCUUUCUUCAAAACAAUCUGUCCCAUUUGGUCCUUAUUCUUACCUAUCCGCCCAAGCAAAAGUCGUCGAUGAUUAUUCAGUGUCCCAGAUUAUAAUGCAAGCAGUGAUAGAUGGAGGUUCUACUGGUUUGCUUGUCGUUGUGACAGGCGUAAGUCAUGUCAUUUAUGGAUCUAGAGGUAUGGGCGUCCCUGCAAGGAUUUCAAGAAAACUGCAAAAGAAGAAUCAAGUGGUUAUAUUGCUUGAUCCUGAAAGGCAACAGAUUCGCAGGGAAGGAGAGGUUCCUGUAGCUGAUUUCCUGUGGUACUCUGCUGCUAAGUCUUGUAGCAGGAAUUGCUUCGAUCGAGCUGAAAUAGCUCGAGUGAUGAAUGCAGCCGGUCGUAGACGAGAGGCUCUCCCUCAGGAUCUACAAAAAGGUCUUGACCUUGGAGUAGUAUCUCCUGAGAUACUGCAAAACUUUUUUGACCUUGAGCAGUAUCCUAUUAUUGCUGAACUCCUUCAUCGAUUUCAAGGGUUUCGAGAAAGAUUACUGGCUGACCCCAAGUUUCUUAAUCGUUUAGCUAUUGAAGAAACUAUAUCAGUAACAACGACCCUCUUAGCACAAUAUGAAAGACGGAAGGGCCGCUUUUUUGAAGAAAUUGACUAUGUCCUGACUGAUACCAUCAGAGGUAUUGUGGUCGAUUUUUUUACAGUGUGGCUGCCUGCACCAACUUUGUCAUUUCUUUCUCAAAUUCAAGAUAGCUCCCCCUUGGAUAAAUUAGAAUUGCUACAAGGAUUUCUAGGAUCCUUACCUGACAAUGCCUUCCAAAAGAGUAUGGUUGGAAAGGACUGGAAUGUGAAUCAGAGAUUGGCAUCAGUGCUAUUUGGAGGCCUGAAACUUGCCAGUGUUGGUUUUAUUUCUAGUGUUGGAGCUGGUGCUGCUUCAGAUGUUUUAUAUGCCAUCCGGCAGUAUCUGAAUGGUACUUUUAUCACGGAUGGAAAUAGGAAACGAACUCCCAUAUUGAAAUCAGCUAUUGUUUAUAGUUGUUUUCUUGGAACAUCAGCAAAUCUGCGAUAUCAGGUUAUUGCUGGAAUUGUGGAGCAUAGGCUUUCAGACUAUCUACUAUCUUAUUAUAAUAAUCCUAUACUUUCAAAUAUAUUGUCAUUCAUUGUUCGGACAUUCAACUCGUACUGGGGAACGCAGAUGAUGCUAUCAUAUUCUCUAACGCGGGCAAGAAUUCCAUUAAAAGGCUGAUGGGCACCUUAAACACUUUUCAAAACAUAUCCGGUCUCAUUUUAAAUCAUUUUAAGUGUCAGCUAUUCUUUAGAAAAUCGGUGAAACAAAACAUUAUCACCUGUCCGUCAAUUAUUCAGGUUAUAUCUUUUCUCUUCCUAUCAAAUAUUUAGGUAUAAAUAUUUUUAGAGGUAGGAAGAAACAAACCCAAAUGGAUGCUGUAAUUGAGAAUAUCAAAGCCAGAAUUCAUGAUUGAAGGAACAUUUUUUUAUCUAAUCGGGGCAGGCUAACUCUUCUCACAAGU